AUGAAACUAAUAUUACUUUUAUUUUUAAUUUAUAUUUCUUGUGUGCUAUGUUCAAUUGAAAUCAUUGGAAAAGCUUUAUUAGAUAUCCGUUAUGAUUCUGGAAAUUGCCAACCAGGUACCGAAACUGAAUAUAAGGUUGUAGAAUUUUGUAAUGCACUCUCAAAAAUUGAAACAAAUUCAAGUGGUGUAUAUAUGUUUCACAAAGAAAAAAGUGAUGGUUUGGACUAUUGUUUUGGUAAAAGAUAUGGUGCAAAUAAAGUUCAUCUUGGAAAAUGUAUUAAAUUGGGGAGAGAUUACCCAGAAUCAAUAAAGACUAUAUGGUAUGAUCCCCAAGUUUACUCAUCCAUCUUUAAUAUGUCCGCCGCUUUACAAAUAACUCACUUAAAUAGUUUAUGUGAAAAUAAGAAUAGAUUGGUUACGGUUAUGUUAUUAGAUAAAGUUUAUAGAAGCAAUGACCAUACCUGUGAGUUUAGAAAUGUCUCUUCUGAUGGAAUAAAUGUAUACACCUGCAAAGAUGAAUUUCGUAAUGGUUGUAAUCAAACAGACUUUUACCCAUUUGGAAAGGGUAUCCUUACCAAUGGAUACUUUGUUAGUUUCGAACCAAUUGGUCAAGUUGCCAAGGAUAUGAAUUUUUUUUCAUAGGAUAAGGGUGAAAAUUCUGGUGCAGUUUUAACAGUAUCUAGACACCUCUAAAAAUUAAAUAAAAAAUACAACAAGUGCAAAAAGUGGAGCGUAUCUUAACAAAU